AUGGGAUCCAAUCUUCCAGCUCAGCCAAAUCUCAGGCUUACAAUCAUUGCCGCUGACGGUCUAUAUAAACGCGAUGUCUUCCGAUUCCCCGAUCCUUUUGCUGUUGCCACCAUUGGUGGUGAACAGACGCAGACGACAACCGUUAUCAAGAAGACGUUGAAUCCGUACUGGAACGAAAGCUUUGAUUUGAGAGUCAACGAGGACAGUAUCCUUGCGAUUCAAAUAUUUGACCAGAAAAAGUUCAAGAAGAAGGACCAGGGUUUCUUGGGUGUCAUCAAUGUGCGCAUCGGCGAUGCGAUCGAUCUUCAAAUGGGCGGUGACGAAAUGCUCACUCGGGAUCUCAAGAAGUCGAAUGAUAACUUGGUAGUACAUGGAAAACUGAUUAUUAACCUCUCGACCAACCUAUCCACACCCGCCCCGAACGGACCAAAUAGACCACAGCAACCACCAUCAAACUUGUCAGGGCUUGUUCCACAAGUGCAGACACCACCUACGACGCAAAGCCAAUCGUUUGCCGAUGGAGCUACCCCGGGAUCUAUCGCAGCAAGUUCAACAAAUUCAUUCACACCAACCCGCGCUUCGUCCAAUGCCCGGCCAACGAGUGGACUAUCAGCUCCGUCUGAACCGCAGGCUAACGGCCAAGCGACGCAAGGAUCAAGAACGAAUCUCAGCUCUUUUGAAGACAAUCUGGGUCGACUUCCAGCAGGAUGGGAACGACGUGAAGAUAACCUGGGGAGAACGUACUACGUCGAUCACAACACAAGGACAACGACAUGGACUCGACCUUCAGCCAAUUACAGCGAGAGUGCGCAGCGAUCACAACGGGAAGCCAAUAUGCAGAUGGAGCGUCGGGCUCAUCAAAGUCGAAUGCUUCCUGAAGACCGUACAGGAGCUAGUUCACCCAACUUACCAGAAGCUCAACAGCCUACUACUCCUCCUUCUGGGGCCAGCAAUGCUUCCAACGCAGCCAAUGCUGCCUCGAUGAUGGCCACUGGUGCUACAACCGCUGGUACUGGUGAGCUUCCAGCUGGUUGGGAGCAGAGAACUACACCAGAAGGAAGACCAUAUUUUGUCGAUCACAACACUCGCACUACCACCUGGGUUGACCCGCGUCGGCAACAAUACAUUCGCAUGUAUGGACAGAAUGCCAGUGGAGGCAAUACCACUUUCCAACAGCAACCAGUCUCGCAACUAGGACCUUUGCCCAGUGGAUGGGAAAUGAGAUUGACCAAUACUGCGCGUGUAUACUUUGUCGACCACAAUACAAAGACCACCACAUGGGACGAUCCACGACUACCUUCGUCUCUUGACCAGGGUGUGCCCCAGUAUAAGCGGGACUUCCGUCGCAAGCUGAUUUACUUCCGAUCGCAACCGGCAUUAAGAAUCAUGUCUGGCCAAUGCCACAUUAAGGUUCGCCGCAGUAAUAUAUUUGAGGAUUCAUAUGCAGAGAUCAUGCGUCAAAGUGCUUCUGAUUUGAAGAAACGACUUAUGAUCAAGUUUGAUGGUGAGGACGGUUUAGAUUAUGGUGGACUUUCUCGCGAGUACUUCUUCCUUCUCUCCCAUGAGAUGUUCAAUCCUUUCUAUUGUCUGUUUGAAUAUUCCGCACACGAUAAUUACACGCUUCAAAUCAACCCUCACUCCGGCAUUAACCCUGAGCAUUUGAACUAUUUCAAGUUCAUUGGUCGUGUCGUCGGACUUGCCAUUUUCCAUCGACGAUUCUUGGAUUCGUUCUUCAUUGGCGCAUUCUAUAAGAUGAUGCUUCGGAAGAAAGUCACACUUCAAGACAUGGAGGGAGUUGACGAAGAUUUCCACCGAAAUUUGACGUGGACGCUUGAAAACGAUAUAGAAGGCAUUGUUGAGCUUACGUUUUCGGUUGACGAUGAAAAGUUUGGCGAACGAGAAACAAUUGAUUUGAUACCCGACGGAAGAAAUAUCCCCGUCACUAAUGAGAAUAAGCAUAAAUAUGUCGAACUUGUUACGGAAUGGAAGAUCCAAAAACGUGUAGAGGAACAAUUCAACGCAUUCAUUUCAGGCUUCAACGAGCUCAUCCCCCAGGACCUCGUUAACGUCUUCGACGAGCGCGAACUCGAGUUGUUGAUAGGUGGUAUUGCUGACAUUGACGUCGACGACUGGAAGAAACAUACCGAUUACCGCGGAUAUCAAGAAUCCGACGAAGUUAUCCAAAACUUCUGGAAGAUUAUUCGAAGCUGGGACGCAGAGCAGAAAUCACGAUUACUUCAGUUUGCGACUGGUACUUCUCGUAUUCCUGUCAAUGGAUUUAAGGAUUUGCAGGGAUCGGAUGGACCGAGACGGUUUACGAUUGAGAAGUCUGGUGAUCCUAACGCUUUGCCAAAGUCACAUACAUGCUUCAACCGUCUUGACCUCCCCCCUUACAAAUCGAACGAAGUUCUUCAGCAGAAAUUGUCCAUAGCCGUUGAGGAAACAUUAGGUUUUGGACAAGAAUAGGCUGUAUAGAUUACAUUAAUGGUACAAGUACAAAGUUAUACGUGUUGAGGUCGGUUGAGAGAGAGAGAGACGGGCUUCUUUCGUUCUUCCGCACAAGAUGAAUUGUUAUAAUAUACCACCCGUCUGCCAGAAUGACUGUACGAUCGUGUCCCACCGACCUCCCCCCCUUUUUUUUGCUUUGAAUUUACAGCAGCGGAGGGAGUGUUCCAUGGCAGUUGGUGAUUGUCUUUGUCUCCCCAUUAUAUCUCCAUUGCUUUCUAUCACAUAUAUAUAGUAUCAUAUUGCCAGUUACCUAUUCUUCCAUUCUAUUCUUCAGAGCAUAACCACCCAGGUGUCGAGAGGGAAACAGAAAAUCGAUCUCUGGCCUGGUCUACUUCCAUCACUCUCAAGCUGUUUUCCACAAGGACAUACAAAUAUUUCAUCGCCUCUCUUUCCUUGCUUUGCUUUGGUUCGAUUUGGUUUUAUUUUCAGAGCGAUUUCCAGAUGUCAUUAUUUAUUUCUUGUUUUCGUGUCUUUAUAGGUAUUGUUAAAGUGAGAUACCAUUCAUUCCUUU